GCCGCCGCCGUCAUAACCACCUCCUCCACCGCCGCCGUCAUAGCCACCUCCCCCACCGCCAUGGCUGUCUCCUCCUGAAUAGCCGUGGUCGCCGUGGCCAGUGUGGCCAGUGUGGCCAUCGUGACCUCCCCAGCCUCCAUAGUGGUUUCCAUGAUGGUGUCCAUGAGACCCAGAGUGGUUGUUAUCAUCGCCGCUGUAAGCCCCUCCGUAGGCCCAUGCUGCGCCAGCGGCCGCGUCGUUAUUCACUUGGGUGUAGUUUUUCCGGCGCUGAGACGCUUUGCUUUGGACAGCUGUCGUGUCGCCAGCAGGCUUGCGCAGAACAUUCGGCCGUUGUUCGCUCUCUCGGAUCUGGACUUCUCGGAACUGAGCCGCGGCUGAGGCAUUGCCGGCGUACUUGCGGCGCCGAACGGAUUGGAUCGGGCGGGGGCCGGACCCGUUUUCGCUCAUGGCGACAGGGGCUUUUUGUUUGCGGAAGAGGUUUGGGAGACACAUGGUGGAGUCUCUGUGGAGUUGUGCGCUCAGCUGAGCUGGAGGAUCGGGGGAUUACUUCAGAGGCGUAUGCGCUUAAGUUCCUGGACAAAGGAGGGAUUUGUGAUGGCUUCCCGCGGAGGUCUGUACGGUUUGGGAACGGAGAGUGGAUUGACGAUCAACGCGG